AAACUUCGGCUGGCCAAACAAAACAAAACAAACAAACAAUUUUUUCUUUGUUUUAAACUUAAAGUUAUAAGAUUCUGUAUUCCUUUAAUAUUACAAGAAGUGUUAAACCUAUCAUUAGGUCAAUCUUUCGACAUUUCCCAAAUAAGUUUUCCGACAAAUAUAUAGGCAAAGUUUUUUCGUUUACUUUAACAAAAAACAUCAGAUACCCCUCUAAAAUGUGUUAGCCACGCUAAAAGACCGUAUAAAAAUAAUUUCAGUAAAACUUUACCUACUUUCUCAAAGUGCAAGAUUUAGUGCUCUUUCAGUUGUAUUCUCGCCAUACAGAUAUGGCCAAGUUGGGUCUGAAAAAACUACUCGUAACUCUUGCCUCUAUUUCGGGGAUUGGAAAGCCGUGUGUUGCUCAUGUUUUGGUCGUGAUUUUCUUGGAGUAUUUCGCCUGGGGUCUGCUGACAAUGCCCAUGAUAGCCACUUUGAAGGAAACCUUCCCAGAUCACACAUUCCUGAUGAACGGUUUGGUGAUGGGUGUUAAGGGAAUACUCUCGUUUUUAUCAGCCCCUCUGAUCGGAGCACUAUCGGAUAUCUAUGGUCGGAAGUUGCUGCUGCUGAUGACAGUGACCUUCACUUGCCUGCCGAUCCCCAUGAUGACGAUCGAUAAUUGGUGGUUCUUUGCGAUCAGCGCAAUAAGUGGAAUUCUGGGAGUAAGCUUCUCGGUUGUGUUUGCCUAUGUGGCGGAUGUUACGACCAAGGAAGAGCGGACCAAAUCUUAUGGAUUAGUAUCGGCCACGUUUGCCGCCAGUUUGGUAAUUGCCCCGGCCAUGGGAAAUCUCAUCAUGGAACUUUAUGGCAUUAAUACGGUUGUAUUGAUAGCCACACUUGUCUCCACUUCGAAUGUGAUCUUUGUGCUGCUGGCAGUUCCCGAAAGUUUGCCGCGAAAAGUAAGAUCGUCUGGACUGAGUUGGAAGCAAGCGGAUCCCUUUUUGGCCCUACUUAGAGUGUGUUCAGAUCCCAAUAUUCUGCUGCUGUGCAUUGUGGUCUUCACGUUUCUACUCCCUGAAGCUGGUGAAUAUUCUAGUGUACCGGCCUACCUUAAAUUGUCGAUGGGAUUUGGUUUCGUGGAACUGUCUAUGCUGGUGGCUUUCAUGGCCAUUUUGAGCAUAUCGGCUAACGUAUCAUUGGGAUCUAUUGUAAAAAUUAUAGGUGCCAAGAAAUCCAUAUUGUUGGGCCUAUUUUUGGAGCUGCUGCAACUUAUUCUGUAUGCCGUCGGAGAUGAAAAGUGGCAAAUGUGGCUGGCUGGAAAUGUGGCCGCAUUGAGUUCCAUUACUUUUCCGGCCGUGAGCGCCUACGUAUCUCUAUAUUCGGAUGGUGAAAGUCAGGGAGCAGUGCAAGGGAUGAUCACGGGUAUGUCAGGAUUGUGUAAUGGACUCGGACCCGCUGUAUUUGGUAUCGUAUUCUACUUAUCCGACAUGGACUUGAAUGAAGAUCGGCUUCUGAACAGGAGUGUAAAUGAAGAUCGAACUGCUGCGGGUCCGUUUAUGUUUGGAGCCAUAUCUGUGUUUAUCGGCAUUCUUCUAGCCUCAUAUAUACCAGAUGAAAAGACCGCUAGGGGCAGUAAGGAGGAAUUUUCUGCCUUAAAGUACAUCAUUGAAAUGGACGAGGAGGUGCCAACAUCUUAGAUUUAUUUUUACGUUUAUUAUUUUUAAACAGCAAUUAAAAAACUUUGUAUGUUAUACUGAAGUGUAUAUGGCAGUAAAAAUUAAGGUUUUCUUUAAAUGCUCUGUCCGUACAUAUUUUAAUAUACAUAAAAAAUUCUUAUGUAA